AUGGAGAAUGCAAACAAUGUGUCUGAAUUCAUCCUCUUGGGACUUACCCAAAAUCAGGACCUACAGAAAGUCUUCUUUGGGCUAUUUUUGGUCUUCUAUUCAGCGAUUGUCCUGGGGAAUCUGCUUAUCAUUGUCACAGUCAAGAGUAGUCCCAAUCUGAAUUCUCCCAUGUAUUUCUUUCUUAGCUACCUCUCACUUGUAGAUAUUUGCUACUCUUCUGUCACCACUCCCAAACUCAUUAGUGACUUCCUUGUGAAGAAGAAAACCAUCUCCUUUAUUGGCUGUAUAGCACAGCUGUUUGGAUUUCAUUUCUUUGGCUGCACCGAGAUCUUUCUUCUCACUGUGAUGGCAUAUGAUCGGUACAUUGCAAUCUGCAAACCUCUCCAUUAUACAACAAUUAUGAACAAGACUGUGUGCAGUUGGAUGGUAGUGGCUUCCUGGAUUGGAGGGCUUUUGCAUUCAAUAAUACAGACAGUCUUUACCACACAUCUCCCUUUCUGUGGGCCCAAUGAGAUUGAUCACUAUUUCUGUGAUGUCCAGCCAUUACUGAAAUUGGCCUGCACUGACACCUACAUUGCGGGGCUCAUCGUCUUUGCUGAUAGUGGCAUCAUUUCUCUCAGCAGCUUUCUUUUGCUGAGUGUUUCAUACAUUCUCAUCCUAAUCUCGCUAAGAACUCAUUCCUCGGAAGGACGCCUCAAAGCUCUUUCCACCUGUGCUUCCCAUAUCAUAGUAGUCAUCUUAUUUUUUGGACCAUGCAUCUUCAUCUACAUGAGGCCUUCCACCACAUUUUCAGAGGACAAGAGUGUGGCUGUGUUCUAUACUGUUAUCACUCCUAUGCUAAACCCUUUAAUUUAUACUUUGAGAAAUCAAGAGGUGAAAAAUGCUAUGAGGAAGUUGUGGAAGAAAAAAACUACUUUGGGUGGGAAAUGA